AUGGAAUCGAAGUUAAAAGCAGUACGUAGAGGACACAAAGGGCAAGUUACAAAGUUAUUCAAGAAAUUCGAUGAGAUUGAAAAGAAUUCGGACUUAGACAAAGACGAUGUGAAACUAAUUUCGGAUGCAGUUGAACAGAAACAGAGGACUAUCGUGGAUUUGAAUGAAAAGAUACUGGAUUUAACGUCGGAGGAGGAUGUAGUAGAGGAAAUUCAAGAGUCUGAUGAUACUUUGACUGAGAUACAGAAAUUUAGUUACUUGAAGGCCCAACUCCAUGGCCAUGCCGCCCAAACUAUUGAAGGUUUCGCAUUGACAAAUGCCAAUUACACCACUGCCGUUAAUUUGCUCAAAGAUCGUUUUGGAUCGCCUCACAAGAUUAUUCAUGCCUACAUGAAAGCUUUAAUGGAUCUUCCUUCAACGUCAAAUGAUUUAAACAGCCUAAGAAGGUACGGAGACCACCUAGAAACGUACGUAAGAGGUCUUGAAUGUUUGGGUCAAACACAAGAAAUGUAUGGCGCGCUAUUAGUACCUAUAAUUAUUAGUAAACUACCAGUAGAAACGAGAAAAAGUAUUGCCCGUGAAUAUGAUAGCGAUCAUAUAACUCUUAACAACCUCAGAAAAGCCAUCACGAAAGAAGCGAGAAUUCUUGAAGCAGGACAAUUUACCGACCGCGACAGUUUACAUACUACCGCAACAUUUCUGACCGAAGCUUGUAAUAAAACACAGCGAAAUUUCAAUACAAACAAUCCACGUUUUAAUGACAAAAAACGUCCAUGCAUCUACUGCACUGGUAUACAUUUUCCGGGAGAUUGCACGAUAAUUUCUGACGUGAAUGAAAGACUGAACAUCGUAAAGCAAAAGAAAAAAUGUUUCAACUGUCUAGGAAACCACGGUGUUUCCGAGUGUAAAUCACUUAACCGAUGUAAGAAAUGCAACAAGAAACAUCACACCAGUAUUUGCGGGGAACAAGCUACAGAUGGAAAAGAACAGGAGAGCAAGGAGAAAUCAACCGUUGUAGGCUUGGUAAAAACAGAAGAACCAGACACCGCAGUAAUGUAUACUUCACAACACACUAGCGUUUUAUUGAAAACAGCUAUCGCACCAAUAGCAUACGGGAAACAGAUCACAGAAGCUAGUAUUUUAUUUGACGAAGGUGCCCAACGGUCAUUCAUCACUCAGGGCAUAGCAGACAAAUUACAGAUAAGACCAAGCGGAAGGGACACAAUUGAUUUGUCAGCUUUUGGAGACAAGGAGAAGAAUAUACGCCAUUUGGAUACAGCAACUGUUCAACUACAAACAGACAAAGGAGCCGAUUACUAUUGGGAUAUAGUUCAAGAUCACGUGAUAAGAGGGAAUGGACCUACAGCCGUAGCAUCAAAAAUUGGUUACUUGUUAUCUGGACCGGUAAUAAGAAACGGAGAGAAAUCCUUAACUUCAUCAGUUCUUUUGAAUGUUACUUCACAUCAUGCAGAGGAAAGCGACAUCGAGAAAUUUUGGAAUCUAGAAUCGUUAGGAAUACGUUUACCACAACAGGACGACGAGGAGAGUUUUGUAAAGACUUAUCAACAAGACUGUAUCAAAUUUGAAAACGAACGUUAUUCUGCCAAGUUGCCAUGGAAACUGGAUCAUCCGGACUUACCUUCCAACAUCAUGAUCGCUAAAGCAAGGACCGAAAGCACAAUUAGAAGACUAAGUCGUGAACCACAUUUACUACGAAAAUAUUCAGAAAUUAUUGAAGACCAAAUGAAGAGAGGGUUCAUAGAGAAGGUAAACGACGAGAACGACGAUGGUAAAAGCACUCACUAUAUACCACAUCAUGCCGUAAAAAAAGAUUCGACAACAACACCAAUUCGUAUAGUGUACGACUGUAGCUGUAAAAAGUCUCCAGAUCACGCAAGUUUGAAUGACUGCCUAAUGUCAACCCCGCCAGAUUCGAACGACUUGACAAAAAUAUUAAUGGGAUUUAGAACCAAGAAGUACGCAAUAAGCACGGACAUUGAAAAGGCUUUCCUACAUAUUGGAUUAGAUGAGAAAGAUCGAGAUUUUACACGCUUUUUUUGGUUGAGCGACACAGAUAAUCCCAGCAGUACUCUUACAACAUAUCGAUUUAAAUCUAUUUUGUUUGGUGCAACAAGUUCACCGUUCAUCCUAAAUGCAACACUGCUUAAACACUUGGAUGCAUGCAACACAAAUAUCUCAGCGAUGAUGAAGAAUGACCUUUACGUGGAUAACAUUUUGUACAGUUAG